GUGAAGACGACUGGGGCUUGAAGUUUUCAGAUCUGUGCAUGAAUCAUAACAGCGUCAAGAUGUCGGGACGUUCAGGCCGCGCUGAAACCCGAAGUCGGGCUAAAGACGACAUUAAAAAGGUUCUGGCAGCCAUCGAGAAAGUCCGCAAAUGGGAGAAGAAAUGGGUGACGGUUGGAGACACGUCCUUACGCAUCUUCAAGUGGGUGCCCGUAACAGAAACGAAGCAGAUAUUUCGCACCAAAUCCACAAGUGGAGAAACUAGGGGCUUGAAAGAUGUGGUCCUGGAAAACACAAACACUUUGCUGGAUUUUGCUGAUGAAAACAGCAACCAGAGUUUUCUGUCAGAUGUUUAUCAGUCAAAAAUGGACAACAGCAGCAGCAACUCCAGCUCACAGCAGGUCAGCCCCCCGCACUCCUACAGUCUCCGAGCUGAAGACUCUCAGCCUCCGAUGCUCGGGCAGGAAAGUGUGGACGAACCAGUUCAUGCAGGACGGGAUGGAGCUGAUGAGCCGCCUACGCUCAUCAAGGAGGAUCCUCUUACAUCAGGAGCUGUCAGACGCAGCGCCUCAGGCACAAAGGAAGAGCUAGAAGAAUCGGGAGCGCCUCCUUUAAAGAGGAUUUGUUCAGGGGAAAAUGCCACUCUGAGAUAGUUUAUUUAUAACUGUUCUGUCAAAAUGCACAAGUUACCAGUUCUGGAUUAUUGUAAGAUUAGUUAACAUUUUAUAUUUACACAAACAUUACUUAAAACAUUUCAACUAAUGGAUAAAAUGUCCUAACUGAUUUUUUGUUGUUGUUUGUUUUACUUUCAGUCUUUGAAGUCUUGCUGAUCAAGUGAUAUUUUUAACAGAAUAGAGAUUUAUUUCAAAUCUUGUAUGUAC